ACCUCAACACUGUACGAAACGACACGUACACAUCUUCUGAAACCCCCAAGGGUUUAUGGGCAGUCGCACCAAAACAGAAGCGAAGACAAUCAGGUGCUCUGCAAAAACCCUUUUUCAAACUCACGAAUCCGCCAUGUCCAUGAAGCUCCUUCAAACCAUCUCUGGGCAUCACCGUUCACUGGUUCGAGCACUCGGAGUCCGCCAUUUUGCAGCUUCGACUGAAGAGUACGCAAAGAGAAAUUACGCUAACAAUGAUUCAGAGUACAACACCGUCAUUGCCUCUCUCACUUCUCAACGAAGGCAUUAUUUGUUGAGAGAUGUGUAUGAUGAUAUGAUGCUGGAUGGGGUUAAACCAGAGCGAGAUACAUUCCAUUCACUGAUUGCUGGGGCGAUGAAAGGCGCUCGCUUGCAGGACGCUUUCUUCUUCCGAGAUGAAAUGAAAGCCAUGGGUCUGGUUCCUGAUGCUGCUUUAUACAACUUCUUAAUUUCGACUUGUGGGAAAUGCAAGAAUUCUCAGCAGGCAAUUCAGAUUUUUGAAGAAAUGAGGAGAUAUGAAGUCAAACCUACUGGACAAACCUAUAUCUGUCUAUUGAAUUCAUGUGCAGCUGCUGGACGAUUAGAUCGAGUGUAUGCAAUUGUUCGUGAUAUGACUGCAGCUGGUCUUGGUUUAAACAAGUUUUGCUAUGCUGGACUUAUUGCUGCACAUAAGAAUAAGACUCCAAUAACUGAUGAUACAGCCACCAAAAUUAUCGAGCUUGUUGAGCAGUCCAAGGGGUGGUCUUCAGUUGAAGGAUCAAGAGACAAUGCUGAAAACUUUAUGAUGGGUAUUUCUGAAGAAGAGUUAUAUAAUACCCCCACUGCGGAAUACGUUCAUAGGCGUUCUGGAUUCCUGCAUAGGGAGUUAACUGUUUAUCAUGUUGCAUUUCAUGCCUGUGCAGACCUCAGAAAUGUAGAGGUAAUGGAAACACUUUUGGAAUUGCUCAGAAGGGACAAUAAAACUCCUGAUGUCUUUAUUCUGAUCCAAGUUAUGAGGUGUUAUCUACAUUUUGGAGAUAUUGAACGUGGCCAGAAAAUUUUUGAAGAAUACAUGAAAUCAGGGAAGCAACCUAUGGUGGAACUAUAUGUGACUCUCGCAGAGGGUGCAAUGGUGGGGUAUACUCCCAAGGGAAUGCAACUUGCUCUUGAGACGCUGGAAAAUAUGACCUCGAGGGACUUUUUCUUGAGCCCAAAAAUGGGAAAUGAUCUCCUGCUUGUAGCUGCCGGUGAAAAGACUGGUGGAUAUACCAUGGCCAAUUACGUAUGGGACCUGAUGCAAGCUCGUAAAAUUAUCCCUUCACUCCCUGCUGUUGAAGCAUACUACAAUGGCUUAAAAGAGCGUGAUAUACCUGAAGACGAUCAACGACUGAUCAUAGUCACCCGAACUUACAACAAUUUGCGCCAAAAAAUAGGACCGGGACCUGGCCGUGGACAAUCAUAGUUGGAAAGAAAGUUGUCUGAUGGCAUGGCCCAUCAAUUCUUUUUCGGUUGUACCCUUCGUUUUGAACAGUUUAUUACUCGAAUAAUUAAUUGCUUGAUAGAUUUAUGUAUUAGUUUAAUCUUGAUUUUUUCAGAGAUGAUGUCUUAUUAUGAGUCAGGAUUGUCAGUAGAUCCAAGUUUAUCCAUCUUUGGUCCGGAUAUCGUAUGCAUCAUGUUAGGAAAAUGUUUUUGUAUUACGUCAAUUUAUUCUAGGUGUAAUUCUUAUCACAAAUAACUUUGAACUUACAUUAUACAUUUUAUUUUUAAUAAAUUUUCUAGA